AUGAGUUGCUUGGACAAUUCUCCGAUACUGCCCCAGAUCACCGAUUUCUGCUGGUUUUCAAUUGUUUUACUCCGUCUACCUGUUUUCUGCGAUGAAAUGACCACCGACCCUGUUUCUUCGGGCCUCCACCCCAUUUCCAAUCUCAAAGCGGGCCCGACGACCUCCAGUUCCAGGUCAACAGCCAUCCCAGCGUCUUCAACCCCAGCGCCGCCCUCACAGUACUCCCAGCGUCCGCAGGUGGCGAAGAACAUUAGCCGAGAUGAACUGAGCAACUCAACAAGCGACAAGGCUACAGCCGCUCUGAUAAGACGCGUGCUUUGUCCUCAGUCGGGAAGCUAUGGCGGAGCCGCAUCUUCUGCUCCUGAGGAGCUACUUCCCCCGCUUACGAGCUCGAAUGAUGUGGACCGUCAGCUCUACGCCCUUAUCGCCAUUAUCAUCAAGGAGUUUGUCUUGUCUUGGUAUUCCAAAAUUACAGCAGACCAGUCUUUUAUCAACGAGGUGCUCCAGGUAAUUGCACACUGCACCCGAGCUCUUGAGCAGAGGUUGCGAGAGGUAGAUGUUGCCCAGCUGGUUCUGGACGAGCUACCCGCAUUGUUGGAGGCCCAUAUCGUUUCAUACCGACUAGCCAAAGAGCAGUCUUACUUGUCCGGCCUGUCGCCUUCUUCUCGCGAGAUAUAUCAUGCUCUGAACCCACAUCCAGGUCUCUCGCCAGUGCCAGAUACUUCGGAUCCUCCUUCUAUCUCUACGCAGCGAGAAAACGAAGCGGCAUAUCGAAGGCUCUUGGCGAAUGGGGUUCUGGCUGUUCUUCUUCCGACUGAAGAUCUCGAGAAUGCAUGCCUGCGGACUCUCAUGAACGACAUCUUCAGCGAUCUCAUCCUAGGGAACGAAGUGAGUGGGAGGGUGUGCGAAGGCUGGUUCUUGUGGGAGAGUACAGCGAAGCUGCUUGACUUGCUUGCAAGGAAAAGAAGCGCCGAUAAAGACGGAAUUGCAGAGACCGAGGCAUCCCGCUCAAAUCAACUACAGCAGUUUGGCUUGCUUUCCUCGCCCAACAGCAGCGAAACUAGCCAUUCCUCUUCCAGUGCCCAAUCACAGACCACAAGCUGGAUGUGGUCUUUGCUUCAAUACUUUUUCAUGGCAUAUGUGACUCUACGUUUCAUCGUAGCCGGCCUUUUUCGCGUUGCAUCCACACCUCCAGUGAUUUUGAGUUCGCACUUGAGCCCUGGUAUCCCCGUGGACGAGCCACUCUCCAAACGCGGCCAGCCAGGAAAGCGCCCCGUGCUUGAUUAUCGGUUUUAUGGCAUGCUGUCGCAACUGUUGGAUAUUCCGCGUCGGAUGCCAUGGCUAGGAGGACUGCUAGCCCUCUUUCAAUAUUUGAUUCUUGCGGGUCCGGGAAGAGUAGGAAACUCGGGCGGUGUUCUCGAUAGGUUCCUCCACGAGAACAUCCAGGAGUAUGUCCUCACCCCCACUUUGUUACCCAAUCUCCUACUUGCAUCACGAGAGGCGCUUUUUCCGCAUAAUACUCGUCCAAAAUCUGGAGCGAGCGACAGUCGCAUUGAAGGGUUGACCUUGACCUCGACGCCGGCUCCGCCAAUUUCAGAGGAGGCGCUACCCUCAAUUGUCCAUCAUACGCAGACGACUACUGCCUCUGGCGGCAACCCAAUAAUGCCCGCUCUUAUAGCGACAACGGCGGGAUCUUCUCCCUCGUCGGCGGAUCCGCAGCGGCGUCCCUCAACCGCCGAAAUCGCCUCGAUAAGGCGAAAGUGUGCCGUCGGCAUUCUCUCCCUGAUACCUCGCCCAAUCGCACGCCGGCUGCUUGGCAUUUCAACCGAGACUGCCCCUGGAGAGAAUCUUAAUCCCGCGCAAUCUCCGAGUCAUUUACACGAGUCUGGGCCUGCGAUGCCACAGUCGCCUUCGCCUAGCGAGUCUCGUAAGGGUGGCGUCGAAGAGAUCCUCUUGCUCUCCGCGAUCGAGAAUGAUAUCCUAGAUCUGUUCGCAGAUGAAUACUGCAAUAAACAUCUGAUCUACUCGAUUAUCGAGGCUGUGCUCGCCAAGCUGCUGCCUGAGCUGUCGGAUCGUAGUAUCGCGGAGCUGAUGGAGGAUAGGGGAGUUUUCGUCCAUACUGGUUGA